AUGAAGCCCAAAGGUUCAGACCCGAGCAGCCGAGACUGCGUUCGCGUGGCCGUCCGAGUUCGACCCUUCAACAAGGCAGGUGUUCUGCUGCAGUCUCUGCCGGCCCCUGCAGGUGGUGCCACAAGGAGCCGGAGGAGGGCGUGGGGGGCUGCUCGAGAGCGGGACGCAGGCAGUCGCUGCAUCAUCUCCAUGGCCAGCAACUCCAUCACCAUCCAGGACCCCAGAGACCCUCGGAGCCAGCGCUCCUUCAGCUUCGACUUCGCCUACUGGUCCCACAGCGGCUUCACCAGGGACCCGCGGGGCCUGUUCCGGGCCGAGGAGGAGGGCGGUCGCUAUGCUGACCAGGACUCGGUCUUCCAGGACCUGGGUGAGGGAGUCCUGCUCAACGCCCUGCAGGGCUACAACGCCACCCUGCUGGCCUACGGGCAGACGGGCUCGGGGAAGAGCUACUCCAUGGUGGGCUACGGCCCCAACAAAGGUCUCGUGCCCAAACUGUGCGAGCGCUUGUUCCAGACCAUCCGACAGAACCAGGACAGCAGGCAGUGUCAGGUCUUCUUCAGCAUGUUGGAGAUCUACAACGAGCAGGUGGUGGACCUGCUGUCUCCGGGUCUCCGGGCUCCAGGAGUCCUGCGGGUGCGAGAGGAGCAGAGCCGGGGCUUCUACGUGGAGGGACUGAGGACCGUGCCCUGUGACGGUGCCGCUCAGGUGGAGCAGCUGAUGGAGCAGGGCACCCGCACCAGAACCACCGCCGCCACUCACACCAACGCCAGCAGCAGCCGCUCGCACAUGCUGAUCAUGCUGCAGCUCAAGCAGAUCUUCACCAAGGAGAACCUCACCAAGCACUCCAACAUCCACCUGGUGGACCUGGCCGGCAGCGAGCGCCAGCGCUGUGCGGGCCCCGAGGCCAACGACCGGCUGAAGGAGGGCAGCGCCAUCAACCUGAGCCUGACCACGCUGGGGAACGUCAUCAGCGCGCUGGCCGACCUGGCCCUCGGGAAGAAGGCGGUCCACGUGCCCUACCGGGACUCGGUCCUGACCAAGCUGCUGCAGCCGGCUCUGGGGGGCAACAGCCGCACCGUCAUGAUGGCCACGCUGAGUCCCGCCGACCUCUGCUACGAGGAGUCUCUGUCCACGCUGCGCUACGCCGAGAGAGCCAAGCGGAUCCAGAACCGAGCCGUGGUCAACGAGAGCCCCACGGAGCGCCUGGUCAAAGAGCUGAAGGCUGAAAAUGCCCGACUAGUGCAGAGACUGAGUCGUCUGGACCAGGAGGGCAGGGGGACCAGUGAUGAGUCCAAGGAGCUCCGCCAGCUGCUGACCCACAACCAGCUCCAGAUUCGGGCCAUUCAAACUCUGUGGGAACAGCACCUGCAGGAGGCGCUGAAGGACUGGGAGCAGCAAUACGCCGACAUCACACAGGAGAGGAGGAUGGUGCACAUGUUCCCCUACUUGGUCAAUGUCAACGAGGACCCUCAGCUGUCAGGCGUAGUCAAGCUCUUCAUCCAGGACGGAGAGUGGGCUGUCGGCCUCAGUGACUCGGGCCCUGGGUCCAUCUGCAUCAGGGGCCUCGGGAUCCAGGAGCGUCAUGCUGUGUUCAGGAACGAGCGGCGGCGGGUGACGCUGAGGCCACUGCCGGGGUCCAAGGUCCUGGUGAAUGGGAAGGCGGUGUGUGAGGAAGGCACCGAGCUGCGCCACCUGGACCGGCUCAUCCUGGGCUCCAACUGCACCUACCUCUUCAUGGGUUUCCCCUGCGAGCGCGGCAGCGACGACUGGACCCGUCUGGACUACGACUUCUUCCAGUCCGAGGUGGCCAGCGCCGCCGGGAUCCACCUGGGUCAGUCCCUGGACCUGACUGGAGCAUGCGCCCAGGCCGACCCGGCUCUGCUGGCCAUCUUCCACGACUACAGCAGGUUGGUGCCCCUGGUGGCCGAGGCCAACCAGAUGAGCGCCGAGCUGGACCAGGGGGCGCAGUUCCGGCUGGAGAUCAAGAAUCUGGUGCUGUCCGACUGUAAAGGUCACGACCUCAAGAAGGAGCUUGUUGUCCGAGUCACUUCAACCAGAAGUCAACAGGUGUGGAUCUGGUCCAAGUCCAAGUUUGUGCACCGUAAGUUCCUGAUGGAGGAAGUCUACCAGCAGCAGCUGCACCGCAGCGGAGCUGCUUCGCUCGGCGCGUCACCGCGUGUCCCCAGGCUGCCGCGGGAGAGCGACCCCUUCUGGGACCCGGUGGAGCCGCUGCUGCUGGGCACGGCUCACCUGUGGCUCCAGACUCUGGCCUUCCUCAUCCCCCUGGAGGAGCAGCUGGAGGUGCUGGGCUCCGAGGGCAGUGAGGAGGCCGUCCUGCAGGUGCAGCUGCUGCCCUGCUGCCCCGCUGGACUGCCUCUGAGCGAAGACCACAUCCUCAUCGACCCGUCUGAGCUCCUGGGCCGUCGGCUGGACUUCCUGCUGGUCCUGGAUCAGUGCUGUGGUCUGAGCUGGGUCAGAGAGAACAGGACUCGCGGUGUCCAGAUCGGGUUCCGGAUGCUGGACUGCCCGAGGCCCCUCUUCUCUCCGGCCAUGUGGCGUGACGUCAACCCUCAGCUGGACCACAGAGUCCACUUUGCCGCGCCCCGGACCUCGCAGCGCCUCCUGGACUUCCUGCAGAGCAGCGCGCUGGUGCUGGAGCUGUGGGGCCUGCAGGACGGCUGCGCUGAGCUGGCGACGCCGGCGGCGGACGGAGUCUUCGUCAUCGAGCAGCGGGACGCGGGCAGCGGAGCGGAGCGCGCGGCUCUCUCGGACUCGGCGCGUGGCCCGACAGCAGCAGAACUGCAGCGGCACUUGAGGGACCUGCGGGACGUGAACGAGUCGCUGCGCAGGGAGAACCGGCGUCUGAGAGAGGAGCUGGGCUGCAGGGGCGGGACGGAUCCGGCGGCCUGGGCUCCCGUCGCAGGGGGCGACGGCGAGUUCGCCCGCUCUCUGAAGGUCUUCUACCACAGCAUGAGCGCGGUGCGCGGCCAGCUGCAGCGGCUGCGCAGACACAAGCCCAGCGUGAGUCGUGCGCUCCACUCACGCCCGCUCCACACUCCAGUCACGCCUCCGUGUCCCCAGGACGACUCGGACCUGCCGGGCCUCCGGCGCUUCGUGGAGCGUCAGAGCGGCCUGCUGAGCGACCUGUGGGAGCAGCUGGAGGGCAGCGUGUCCAGGCUCAAGCUGGACGUGGCCGCCAUCGUGCGGCGCCGGAGGGAGCGCGCUGGACUCUGGAGCUGAGGAGGCCCCCGUCACCACGGCAAGACUUGCACAAACACAGCUUUAUUAGUGAGUCGCAGAAUAAAGUCAACAAAACACAGUCACUUCCAGGGUCAGAGGUCAAGCUGGAACUUGAAGGAGAGACACCUGAAUGUUCCAUGUCGCAGGGAAGGGUGGGGAGCGUUGUGGGGGGCAGGUGUCCGGACUCACCGUGCACCCGGAGACCAGCG